AUGUCGUCGGAUUGGCAACCUCUUCCCGAAACGCAGAUGCAAAACAACGCAAACACGGCAUCUUGCCGGUCAAAGGGACUUCAAACUCGACCCAGCUCCUCCUCGUCUGCCCCUGGACAGGCCCCGAAGAAGAAACGCAGAGGUUCAUACGGCCAGUCUUCGCCCGCGACCUCGACCGACGAUAGUGUCCAUGUUAUCGAGGACAGCGGCGACGAUGUCGAGCCGAGAGUGCAACCAGCUGGCCGACCUCGCGCGGAGAAGGGAAAGACUACCUAUCGAGCCAAAAACCGGGUAGCGGCCAAACGCUGUCGAGAAAAGACGAAACAAUACGAAAUCGACCUGGCCAACAAAGAGAAGAAAGUCACACAAGAACGGAUGUACCUCGAUGCGUGCGUGACGGCGCUCAAGAACGAAGUUCUCACCCUGAAGAACCAGAUUCUCCAGCACAGCGACUGCGACUGCGACAUGAUCCAGGGAUACAUUGCAAGAGCAGCUAGCGGUGUCAGCAUUUCUGGUGCCCGUGUACCAUCAUAG